AUGGUCGAUCAGCCAGCCAUGCUCGAGCCCGAGUUCUCAGCCAUGCGCUGCAGUAUGACAGGAUUAGGGAAUACAAACCACACGGGACGACGGCUCAUCGAGUCCUCAAUUACUUGUACAGCCAAUGCCGAGUGGACAAAUCAGGGACCUUGUUCUAGAGCAAUCGAGAACCUUUUGGCGACCUUUAAUCACCGCACCGUAGUUGCGAGCCACGCGCACGAUACGGAAGUUCUCCAGUACAACGGUCCGCGGAAUACCUGCGCUGUCAGUGUUCAUGUCGACCUCAAAACCCCCCCUGCUGCCUCGAACCGAAUCGAACCCACUCCACCUCUCCAAACUCCCACAUCAUCCCAUUUGAGUGAUCCUCCACCUUUCCCCCUACUGCGUGGUCUUAGUACUACGUGGAAGCUACCUUGUCUCGCACAACCUCAAAUCCCCAACUCCCCAUCCCCUCGACGUCGCAGCUGGCCAAAGGGCAAUCCCGCAGCCUCCUGCUCCCCUGAAAGGUCCAAUUUCACCAUCUACCCGUCUCUGCUCACCAUGUGUUAA